AUGUUUAGAUUCGCAGGAUUAGCGAGGAGUAUUAAUAGGAGUGCUAGCAUCGUCAAGCCUACCUUGAAAUCAUUUUCCAAGCCACUCACUCCACUCACUAUCCGCAAAGCAUCUGGAUAUUCAUUCGAUCCAGAGGCACAGGCUAUUGAUGAAAUUGAGGAAGGCACUAGAGUACUUAAUGAGGGUGACGUUGAAGGCGCCAAAGAAAAGUACCAAAGAUCGCUUGAUAUACAAAAGGAAGGAAAAACUGCAGCUAUGGGUUUGUUCAAUUUGGGCGUGACUCAAUUCUAUACCAAGGACAUUCAAGGCGCUAUAGCCACUUGGGAGAAAAGCCUGGCUAUCGAGCCCACCUCUGACCUCCUAUCGAACCUCGCUUCUGCCCAUAUACUGUCAUCGCCUUCCAACCCAGCUAAAGCACUCGAGUACCUCACUCAAGCACGAGAUGUAAACCCAGAUGACCCUGAAGUCGCUUUUAAUCUGGGCGUCGUCAGUGAGGCAACUGGGCAACUGGAGAGCGCUCUAGACAACUACAAAGCUGCUAAAUCACUUGGUGUUGAACGCGCUGAGGAGAAUGUUAGAAAUGUGGGUGCCAAGAUCAUUUCAGAGAGGGCAAAGAAGGCUGAGCAAGAGGAGUAA